CAGCGGUCAGUACAGGGUUUAAGCCGUCUGGACCCCAUCGCCAGCAAAACCUCGCUUUUGGCCAGUCUCUUUUCGGCAUUCAAAUAGCGGCGGUCCCUCUUUGGAAAGCUUCGAGGCUGAAAUACCGACGCCAUUGAACGCCAUCAUCAGUGUUGUCAUCCAGGGGUCCCAGCAUCAUGACCUGGCAGGCUGACUUGGGACUGGCCAAACCCGACGGUGGUGAUGAGGCUUUGCAGUAUGACCGCAUCCAGAUCAAUAUCGAGGAGCAGCGAGCAGAAGAAACUUGAGGAUAUAAGAUGCCGUGUCCCUCGUCAAUCCUUCUGGUGUCUUUUCUUCAGCAGCAGCUCGCUCGAUAACGCGGCAGUUCGUCCUUCGAUCAACAGCUUCACUGCCUCUCGUUUGCAGCCAGCACCACCGCAACCAUGAAGCUCAACGCGACCCUCCUUGGUCUCACCGGCCUUCUAAGCCUGGCAUUGGCCGCCGUUCCGAUUAAGAACGAUGGCAUCUCGGCCGACAUUGUUGUGCCCGAAAAGUACAUCGUCAAGUACAAGGCCAACGCCGACGCUGGAAGAAAGAAGAAGCACGAGUCCGACAUCACCAACAAGGCCAAGAAGAAGAACAAGAAGGGCGUUGUUGAGUCCAUCAACAUCGACGGCCUUUCGGGAUACGUUGCCGAGAUUCCCGACUCGGAACUCAAGGAGCUGAGGGAUUCCGACUUGAUCGAAUACAUCGAGAAGGACACCGUGAUCCAGAUCAACGCCGUCGCCGCCCCUCGGGUCGCCGCUGACCCUGUCGAAGAGAAGCACCAGCUUGCGAAGCGUGCCUAUGUCACUCAACUCCACGCCGCUUGGGGCCUGGCUCGCAUCUCGCGCCGUUCCACCUGGAACUCCGGCUACUACUACGACAACACCGCUGGCCAAGGUAUCCGUGUCUAUGUUCUUGACAGCGGCAUCCGCACCACCCACGUCGAGUUCGAAGGACGCGCCGUCUGGGGUGCCAACUUCAUCGCCGGAUCCCCCAACACUGACGAGUACGGCCACGGCACCCACGUUGCUGGCACCAUCGCCAGCAAGACCUAUGGUGUUGCGAAGAAGGCCACCGUUGUCGCCGUCAAGGUCCUCGACAAGAACGGCUCCGGCACCAUGUCCGGCCUGAUCUCCGGCCUCAACUGGGUUGUGAACAACGCCAAGGCCCGCGGCAUCGCCAAGAAGGCCGUCAUCAACAUUUCUCUCGGUGGUGGCUACACUGCCUCCGUCAACGCUGCUGUCAAGGGGGCCACUGAUGCUGGCCUCACCGUGGUUGUGUCUGCCGGUAACAGCAACGCCAACAGUGCCAACUAUUCCCCUGCCUCGGCUCCCUCUGCCAUCACCGUCGGUGCCAUUGACGGUACUGGAUAUCGCGCCUGGUUCUCCAACUGGGGCAACCUCGUCGACAUCUUCGCCCCUGGUGUCUCCGUCCUCAGCGCCUACCAUACCAGCAACACUGCCACCUGGUACAUGGACGGCACCAGCAUGGCUGCUCCCCACGUUGCCGGUCUCGCCGCUUACUUCAUCGCCAAGGAGAACCUGUCGGGCUCCCCUGCUGUGACCAACCGAAUUCUUGGUGCGGCUGUCACCGGUAGUAUCGGGGACCCCAAGGGCAGCUGGAACCGCCGUGCUUACAACGCCGGUGGUGCCUAAGCAUGAGCCGCUGGGUCUUGGGUUGUUUCGUUUGCGUGUUUCUGGAUUUUCUUCUAUCGCCUAGUCAUGACUUCAAUGCGGCUUCUUUCGGGAGGAUGGAGAAGGGGGAAGAAUUGUUGUUGGUCGUCGCUCCUUCAGUGUCCGGUUUCCUGUAAUUGUACUUGUUAUCGUCGAUAGAGUUAUGGGAAUCGAUUCUCUCG